CACCACAGCCACGAGCUGAGCAGAGAUGUGCUAUAUGCGGGUUAUAUUACUGCAGGUUUGAAGGAAGAUAGUUCAAGUGUCUAAUUUCGGUUUGUUUAUUGACUUCUAGCAAGUCUGGCAACCCUGCUCCAAACUUUCACUUUAAGAAGGCGCGUCUACUCUGCAGUGAGUGUAGUGUGUUUAUUACAGUCCUCAAAGUGGCACAUGGAAACCAUCGCUGGUUCCUGAAUGGCACAGGAAUCCAGACCCACAGACUGUGUAUGUCCCGGAGGAGCUGAUCCACGCUGCAAAUUCCUGGAGCUCGUCAGUUAAAAAAAUUGUGUUUUUUUAAAAAAAAUCCUGUGGUUGCGAUGGUGGCACCCACGGUGUAUGCGGCAGCGUGAGUUCCCCGCACCAAGGCGCACGGCGAGGCACGGAUCGGCGCAUUCAGACAGUCGGGGUGGGUACGUUGGUGGACGGGAGACAUGAAGGAGUAGUCACCGGGCGCAGCCGUCAGAGGUGAAGCACGUUGCGGGGAAAUGGAGGCACCGCCGAGGACGAUCAGCUGCUGCGAGCGCGCCUUGGCCACACUGGAAUAACCGAAGCGUGGAAGUGGUGAGGAGGAUGGCAGCAUCCAGCAACUCAAGCCUCUCAGGUUCAUCUGUGUCCUCUGACCCUGAGGAUUAUCAGCCGCCCAUAUGGAAGUCCUACUUGUACCAGCUACAGCAGGAAGCACCGAGACCAAAGAGGAUCACAUGUCCUCAGGAGAUGGAGAGCAGGCCCAAAUACUACGGCAGAGAAUUUCAUGGCAUGAUCCCUCGGGAAUAUGCAGAUGAGCUGCUGGCUGGAAUCGAGGGUGCUUACCUCAUCAGGGAGAGCCAAAGGCAGCCAGGGACACACACCUUGGCCUUGAGGUUUGGGCACCAGACCCUCAACUACAGACUGUUCUAUGACGGGAAGCACUUUGUUGGCGAGAAGCGGUUCGAGUCGGUCCAUGACCUCGUGACGGACGCCCUCAUCACGCUCUACAUUGAGACCAAGGCGGCGGAGUACAUCGCCAAAAUGACCACAAACCCCAUCUACGAGCACCUUGGUUACACAUCGCUCCUCAAGGACAAGACGGUGCACAGGCUGAGCCGUGGACGCACAGAACCACGCCGGGUCACAUUCCAGAAAGACGAAAGGAUCUCCUCACCUCUGGUGCGGCGGAGUGCUUUGAAAGACACGCCAGAGAAACAGUGCUCCUAUGAGAAGCUCCACAACUUCAAGGUGCACACCUUUCGAGGGCCACACUGGUGCGAGUACUGUGCCAACUUCAUGUGGGGCCUCAUCGCACAGGGUGUCCGCUGCUCAGACUGCGGACUGAACGUACAUAAACAGUGCUCCAAACUGGUUCCAAGCGACUGCCAGCCGGACCUGCGCAGGAUAAAGAAAGUGUUCAGCUGUGACCUCACCACACUUGUCAAAGCUCACAACACAACACGACCCAUGGUGGUGGACAUGUGCAUUCAGGAGAUAGAGCUGAGAGGUAUGAAGUCCGAAGGCCUCUACCGAGUGUCUGGCUUCUCAGAGCACAUCGAGGACGUGAGACUUGCCUUCGACAGAGAUGGCGAGAAGGCGGACAUCAGUGCCACCGCGUACGCAGACAUCAACAUCAUCGCUGGUGCUUUGAAGUUGUACUUAAGGGACCUUCCCAUCCCAGUCAUCACAUUCGACUCGUACUCCAAAUUUAUUCAAGCUGCAAAAAUUCCAAAUGUAGAUUCCAGACUGGAGGGUAUCCAUGAGAGUUUGUUGCAGCUACCACCAGCGCACUAUGAGACCCUGCGAUACUUGAUGGCUCACCUUAAGAGGGUGACGAUGUUGGAAAAGGACAAUUUAAUGAGCGCGGAGAACCUGGGGAUCGUCUUUGGUCCAACGCUCAUGCAGCCACCGGAGCAGAACGCGCUGACAACACUGAACGACAUGAGGCAACAGAAACUAGUCGUGCAGCUUAUGAUAGAGCAUGAAGAUGUCUUAUUCUGAGGACCGGGGACGCGCAGUGGCAAGCAAAAGAAACGAAGGACAAUUAUUUAUUCUGUCAAAAGAGGAAAUUCAAGCCGCCUAAAUUCUAAUGAAGUUUCAGAAUAGUUUAUAAUCGGACUGAACUUGAGAUGCUUCUUUUUCCGCAUGACUGUUUUAGUUGAAGUGGGUCUAGUGUCGAUUGUCUUGUUACUGUCAGUUUUGGGUUUCCAAUCAUUUUUAUAUGAGCGGGGUGAUCAAGUGUCUUCAGUGCUGUUCUCUGUUGCUACCUGGUGUAGACUCAUUCAUGACAGCACUGUGUGAAACUUUCCAGGGCAGAUGUCAGUCAGUGAUGACCUGGUGCUUUGUCAACCAAGUAUCACUCUCACAUUAGCAUCCACGCUUACGUUCCCACACGAUGACGUGUAUUUAGAUUUUUGUGGGAACGCUGGUAUAAAACUUAAUUCGAAACGGCGUGGAUCCUUUCAUUGUACAUAACAAAAAAUCUGAUCAUGUAAUGAUCAAUAUUUUAACUCAAAAAAAAAAAAAAGAUAGAUGAGAUAACUCAUGAAGCACUUUUUUGCAACAAGUGUAAAGAUUUAUUUUGUAAAGAUGUUUAUUUUUGUCUUUUACUCUGCAUCAUGUUCUGUCACAAUAAUAUAUAACGUUGAGAAUGAUGUUUGUUGAAUUGAUGUCUAAAUACAAAACUGUUCACAAGAGAAAA